AUGCUCGUGCCAAGGGGCCUGACGGUGCUCGGGGCUCUUGGCCUCGCCGCCGCUCUCGCGCGGACGGGCGCGGACAAGCGCCACAGCGGGGCUCCUCUUUGGACGGGCGGCGCUGUGGGGCAGACGCAGGCGGAGCCGCAGGGGGCCGCCGCCAAGGGCGACGGCGACUUGCAGGCCCAGGACGCGUUUGACCGUGCCCUCUUGGCCGCGAUCAAGGCCAAGAAGAGGAGGACGGUGCCAGUCUCCGAGGCCGAGGCCGAGCACGAGCAGCAGGUGCUGGCCGAGCUGGAGGCCAAGGACCAGGCCGAGCUCGCCGCCGAGAUCGCCAAGGCCGAGAAGGAGGCAAGCGAGAAGGCCGAGGCCAUGAAGGCCGCAGUGCAGCUGCAGCAGAAGAUGGAGAAAGAGGAGGCGGAGAAACGAGCCAUGGAGAUCAGGGCGGCCAGGGAUAUGCAGGCACAGUAUGAGGCAGAGCUCGAGGCCGAGAGCAAGCGGGAGGCCGAGUUCGAGGCCUGGGCAAAGGCACAUCCAGAGCUCCAGAGGUAG